AGCAGUUUAUUGUUGUCAGUCACGGGAACUCCUGGACCGAUCAGUGGUUUCAAUGCAUUUUGCGCUCCACCCACUGGAAGACCGCUUCCCCGUACCCACACAAACUUCAAACUCAAACUUACUCUUGUCCCCUUUAGGACAUGGAUGUGGAAGCGCAUAAUAAACAAAUACCAGUUUAGACUUUUCAGGGACAAUUGGGGGUUUGGGGGGGAAAAAGCAGUUUAAUAGCAAUUGCGUUCCUCGUACUGAUCAGACGGUUCGUUCAGUGGCAUUUGUGCUGUUGAUAUGAAUCCGCACUUUCCAGCCGAGAGUCAGGACUUGGCGCAAUAAUUGUUUUGCUUUGGUCCCGACUUGAUGUGUUCCUGCAUUAACCGAAAGUGACUUUAACCAAAAUGCCAGGGAGUAGACCUCGCGGGCUGGAGCCGGAGUGCCGCAGACUGGCGGUGCUGGAUGGGAGCCCAGGCAAGGAGACGGCGAGCCCCUUGGAGUCCGGUCUCAGGAAGCGAUUUCAGGCGGCCGAGGAAGAUCACUGUGGGAGUCGACCCGCUCCCGAGGGAGCAGGAGCCGUCUCCGUGACGGAGUCUUGUACCUUCGAGAAGGAAGAGAAAGGAGCCUGGUGUAAAAAUUGCCAGCUCAAGCUGACAGAACUCAAAAGGCAAGCCGUGAAGCUCGUUAUCCCCGGAUCCAUCAAGGAUCCAGGAUUUUCAGCUUUUAUUUUUGACAAGCUUCAAGUGCCUGACUCUUCAAAACGAGGUCGAAAUGAAGCUGAGAGCCGAUGUGAGAUUUGUGCAACACACCUAAAUCAGCUACGAAAGGAAGCCAUUCAGAUGGUCCACUCACUCGGCCAAUCUAGUCAGGAGAUAUCUGAGCUACCACACAGUUCCAUUGCAGUGAGCAGCAUUUCAUCAAGAAUUGCUUCGCAAAAUAUGGUCACCCUUUCAUCACAAAGAGACUGGCCCUUGGUCACAGGACAAACAAGCAGACAGCCUGGAAAAUCAGGAAAUGUAAUCUCUGGUACAGAGAGAAGGAAGGGUCUUGGCUGGCCUCAGGGUGCAGGCAGCCUCUCAAAGUCCAGUGUUCAAGUGACUGUUGGUUCCAGUGGUCUUAGCAAUGCUCUGAACUCAGUCACCAUUCAAGCACAGCAGUACCUUGAGGGUAUGUGGAGUAUAUCUAGAGUCAACAACUUUCUUCCGCAUGCCUAUUUGGCACAGACAACAAUGACAGACAGUGGAAAAGAAGGUUUGUCUCAAGAAGCCAUCAUCCCACCAAACAGCAGCAGCCAAGCCUGGGCAACGGGCCCACCAGCCUCUCAGAAUUCAUUACUACCCGGCAGGAUUUCUUCUGGCACUUCAGCUGCAGCUUCUUUUUUUAUCAGAGCAGCGCAGAAGCUGAAUCUCUCUUCGAAGCAAAAGAAAAACCACCCACUUCUCCAGCAUUCGCAUGAGCUCUCAAACAGCAGAACAAAUUUCAGUGGUAUUUUGCAAGUGUCCCCUCCCCCAGCGCCACCAUGCCUUUUGAGGGCUGUGUGUAAAGUCAAGGACAACCCAGGCAUUGGAAAGGUGAAGGUAAUGGUACGGAUUUGUCCUUCCCAAGGUGCAAAUGAUACAUCAGAGUCAAUGUCUUUCCUGAAAGUAGACUCUCGCAAAAAACAAAUAACCCUUUAUGACCCCUCAGUGAGUGGUCAUUUUAGCUCUGCCCACAGACGAACAGCUGUUGCUGCUCCAAAAAUGUUUGCAUUUGACGCAGUUUUUACCCAAGAUGCCUCACAAGCUGAGGUCUGCUCAGGAACAGUGGCAGAAGUCAUUCAGUCUGUUGUGAAUGGUGCAGACGGAUGCAUAUUUUGCUUUGGUCAUGUCCAGCUUGGAAAAACAUAUACUAUGAUUGGAAAAGACAAUUCAAUGCAAAACCUCGGUGUUAUUCCCUGUGCAAUAUCCUGGCUUUUUAAACUAAUAAAUGAGCGCAAGGAGAAAACUGGCACUCGAUUCUCGGUCAGGGUAUCUGCUGUGGAGAUCUGGGGCAAGGAUGAAAACCUUAGGGAUUUGCUAUCUGAAGUGGCCACUGGCAGCCUCCAGGAUGGCCAAUCUCCUGGUGUCUACCUCAGAGAGGAUCCAAUCUGUGGAACUCAGCUUCAGAAUCAAAGUGAGCUGAGAGCCCCCACGGCAGAGAAAGCCGCCUACUUCCUUGAUGCAGCAAUAGCCUCCAGAAGGACCAGUAGGCCAGAUUGUGAUGAGGAGGAGAGAAGGAACUCCCAUAUGCUCUUUACCCUUCACAUUUACCAAUAUCGAAUGGAAAAGAGUGGCAAAGGGGGAAUGUCAGGAGGGCGCAGUCGUUUGCACCUGGUUGAUCUGGGGAGCUGUGAAAAGGUUUUAAGCAAGAGCCGGGAUGGUGGUGGAGGCCUCUGUCUAUCACUUUCAGCUUUGGGCAAUGUCAUUUUGGCAUUAGUCAAUGGCGCUAAACACGUUCCAUACAAAGAUAGUAAGCUUACUAUGCUGCUGAGAGAAUCGCUGGGGAAUAUAAACUGCAGAACAACCAUGAUCACCCAUAUUUCUGACUCGCCUGCCAACUAUGCAGAAACCCUUACAAGCAUUCAGCUUGCAGCACGAGUUCAUCGUAUGAGAAAGAAAAAGUCCAAGUAUGCCUCAAGUUCUUCAGGAGGAGAAAGUUCUUGUGAAGAAGGUCGGAUUCGAAGGCCGCCUCAUUUAAGACCCUUUCACUCAAGGACCACAGCUCUUGAUCCAAAUCUUCCUGUAUUAGGAAUAGCGAGUGACCCAGAUUAUUCAUCAAGCAGUGAGCAAUCAUGUGAUACUGUUAUUUAUGUUGGUCCCAAUGGCGCAGCACUGUCUGAUCGAGAGCUAACAGAUAAUGAGGGACCGCCAGAGUUUGUCCCCAUAAUCCCUUCUCUUAACAAGAGGAAUGAUCCCAAGAAAGGCAAGGAAACUGUAAUUGUUGGUAAGAGGACAGAAAGGGACUAUUUCAAAUGCAACACUUUUGCUGAAUUGCAGGAGAGAUUAGAGUGCAUUGAUGGAAGUGAGGAGCCCAUCAAAUUUUCUUGUGAGCAAGGACUUUUCAUCUGUAGUAACAGCCCAGUCCCUACAAGGAUGGAAAAUGUGCAAUGUAUAACUGUACAGGAGACGACACAAUCUGCCCCUGCAAUUGAGAAGGUACCGGUAUCUCCUCCACAAAUAUAUAGAAAGCAUUCUUCAAUAGAAGCAGUGUCUCCUAAAAAAGGGCAGAGCCCACAUACUCAAAUUCCUGUGCAGCAGCAUAAUGGAUCUCCAGUGAAGAGCCCCUCUCGCUCGAUAACAACCGAACAUUUGAAACUUCAAACCAAAGCUGAAGGAAGCAAAAUGGAAUUAAGUGGUAAUAUUGGAAUAGAUGGAAUCAAGGAGACAAUCACAGCUUCCACAAAUGCGUCCAAAUCUAACAGCCCGAAAGCACAAAAGCAGGCACAAGCCACACCUGCGCCCGUUGUGAGAGAAAAGAUGUUUUUCAACAGAAGGCCUUUGCCAAGCCCUGCACCACCACCUCCCCAAACAAAAGAUAGGAAAAUACUUUGUUCAGAAUCCACCAGCGGCUGUGUGAUUAGAACUCCUCCAGUAGGAAUGAGCCAUCAGGUGAUAAAUAAACCGGAGUCCAUUGUAACUGGAAGUGCUGCUGCACAUUGCAGAAGUAAAUAUAAACAAUCCACGGCAUCAGAUAUAAACCGCUUACGAUCAGCAUUACGGAGUGAUUGUAUUGACCGAGACAUGUUAACCACUACUGUGACUUUGCAGCAGCCUGUGGAACUGAAUGGAGAAGAUGAACUGGUAUUUACUGUUGUGGAAGAACUGUCAUUUGAAGGGAUUUUGGAAAGUGGUCGACCUGCUAGCAUUAUUAGCUUUAAUAGCGACUGUUCACUUCAGGCCUUGGCCUCAGGCUCACGGCCUGUCAGCAUUAUUAGUAGCAUAAAUGAUGACUUUGAAGCUUAUACCUCACCAGCAACCACUGCUGGAGCAAGCAUGGACAAUGUUGUGCCACUUGCAGAUGAUUCUUUUUGCAACAGUAGCAGACGAUCAUCAAUUAGCUCCUGGCUCAGUGAACUAAGUAUCUGUGCCGUAGAAAGUGAUGGGGCACAGCCCUCUGAAACUUUUGUUAUGCAGUCUUGCUACAGUUUUGGUGAGAAGUCUCUGGGGCCUUCUAACUUGGAUUCACCUGACAUGCUGCAAGAUAUGUGUGCACCACUGACACAGGCUCAUAAAAGCACCUUGACUGAUAGAUUCUGUUGUUCUGAACUGGGUAAUGAAAGCACCAGUUCAAGCAGAGCUCUCAUUGACACCAACAAAGGUUCUAACGCCUUAACUUUAUCCAAAGUCGUUUCUGACAAAGUUGUGACUGGCACUAAUAAUUCAUCAGUAACUAAAACUAGCAUCCCAGUACAUUGUCAUGUCCCAGUAAUUCCUGAAGAAGAUCCUAUUUGCUACCCUAGUCUUCCCAGGAAAAUAAAACCUACCUCAUCUGUGAACCAUAGCGGUAGCACAGUAGAUUGUGGAGACACACAACAAGAAAAUGAGCUUGAGGAUCCUUGGUUACAACGCACAAAUAGCCAAUUGGAACCAAAAGCCGAGGAUCAAGCACUUUCCGAGAAGUCAUCUCCCAAAUCUGGUACUAGCAGUCAAAUAAAACAGCAAAUGAAAGCAUCCCAAAAUACUGGAACCAUUCCUAGGCUUAACAAAUCUCAUACAACUGUUUCUUGUGCACAGAGAGUUGUGUAUGGAUGUGAAAUGGUAAAUAAAUCCGAUGGAGUAAAUAGUGCCAUUGGUGUGAACACAAGGAAAAAUGAUAUGCUGGCAAAGGUAUCACAAGUCAAAAAAGGAAAUUCGAUGGUUGCCACAAUGCCAAUAAUGCACACCAGUGUUAAUGCUGGAGCUAUACCCAAAGAGCAACGAGAUUUUGCUUCAGUAACAAGCAGCUUAAAAUCAACUGCAUGUAAGAAAACAUCAGUGCCCAAAACAAGCAUGCUACCGAGGCUCAAUGGGAUACCUCCAGCGCCCCCAGUCCGUAAAUCUAGUCUAGAACAAAAAAAUAGAGUUACUCCACAAACUAAUGCCCAAAAAUGUACCAUUCCAGAGGUAGUUAAAGUAUCACCACCAAAACUAGAGGAUGAUGUAGAUGGGAGACUAAAUGUUGCUACUUGUAUUGUUGAAGGUAACAAUAACCGAUCGACAAACAUAAAGUCUGAUCAGAUGUCUGUUAAAAACAUUUCAAAUUCAAAAUCCAGAAUGCCUAAACCUGAAGCUGUGCAUCGCUGUGGAAGUCAGCUAUCCCUUGAGAGAAGUGAUAGUCUUACCUCAGUAGGAUCCAAGCACAGCAUGGCUAAGGAAAGUGGCCACCUUGUCAACAAUAACAGCAGAACAGGUCGAUCAGUACCGAGGCUUGGUGUGUCACCGUCAGCUCCUGUAAUGUCUACUCCACCCAUUCCUGUAGUCCCUGUACCAGGUAAAACCAAUCAAACCAAAUGUACUUCCAAUAAUAAGGUUGUGGUGUCAGGAAAUAAAUGUCGAAGCCUCUCUUCAAGCGGUGCAAAGGGGUUAAGCACAUCAGUUAAGUCAUUAACCCAGUCAAUGGGUCGAAGUUCCACUGUGCCAUCAAAUGGAAAAACAAUACCUCGUUCGACACAGGUAGCAAAUUGUAAACCUGGCAAAGGAACAAUCAUGGGAACAAAGCAAGCAGUCAGGGCAGCGAAUAGCCGUGUCUCCGAACUAGCAUCUGGGGCCUCCUCCGGUAAAAUGGGCCAUUUGAGAGGAUCCACAGAUUCUGACAGUGGGAAUGACAGUGGGGUCAACCUCAGUGAUGAAGUAUCACAGAUACCAGUCUUGCCUUCUCCGUACAGUAAAAUAACGGCACCUAGACGACCUCAGCGCUACAGCAGUGGGCAUGGUAGUGACAACAGCAGUGUUCUUAGUGGAGAGCUGCCUCCAGCCAUGGGAAGAACAGCUCUUUUUUAUCAUAGCGGUGGCAGUAGUGGUUAUGAAAGUAUGAUUCGUGACAGUGAAGCUACAGGAAGUGCGUCAUCCGCACAUGAUUCCAUGAGUGAAAGUGGAAUGUCUUCAUCUGGCCGCAACAGAAGUUCGAAGUCCCCCAAAAAGCGGACAGCUGGUACUCAGCGCCGUCGGCUGAUUCCAGCUCCUCUGCCCGACACAUCAUCCUUGGGACGAAAGCCAACAAGCACCACUGGGCAGUGGGUGGACUUGCCACCUCUGCCAGGCACCCUGAAGGAGUCAUUUGAAAUUAAGGUUUACGAGAUUGAUGAUGUGGAACGGUUACAGAGACACAGGCAGGAGGAAAAUGAGGAACCUUUCCAAGAUGUUGACAAGGGUCUAUUGUACUUCAACACAAAACUGAAGAUCUUGGAGAAGCGACAACAGCGCAUAAGAGAAUUAAAGGCAAAGCAUGAGUUAUUGAUGAAAGAGUUGGAGGAUACCAAGAGCAGGCUGAUGAUGGAUCCUGAUAAGUGGAAAUCAGAGUUUGAGGUUGACCUAGACCUGGAUAAGGAGUCCCUGGAAUAUCUGGAGGCACUGGAAGAGGUAACAGAGGAGCUUGAACAACGUGUCAACCUAUGCAAGGCAAGGAUAAUGAUGGUGACCUGUUUUGAUAUUGGCAUGAUUACUGAAGUGAAUGAUGGACUGAGGGAAGUGCAAGUUUAAAGACGGCCACUGGUGGGAGAGCAUAAAAUCCAGGCCAUUCUACCGUGAAAGCAGCCAACGUCUGAAGCAAAAAAGAUUUUAAGGAAUUUGGGGGGAGGUUGGUGAUGUGGAGACAGAGGAAGAUGGCAGAGAAUGUUGAGAGAAAGCUGAUGUGGUGUCAGUGAAUCUUGAUGGUGAGCUGUGUAAAUCAAUACAGUGCCUCAGAGCUUAAACACAGUGAAAGCUUAAACUGUUCAUGCGAACAAUUUCCUUUCCCUGAAGGAAGAAAGAAGGCAACAUAAACCAAGAAGAACAAAGAACUGAAAAACCUUAAAGUGCCUUUUAGAUUCACUUGAUUUAUUUGCAUUGGUGCUAGUAAAGAAACCAGCAUACCUAAGUAAACACUGAAACAAAUUGCUUAUUUUAUAUUGUAUAUUGUAUUUAUAUGACAUAUGUAAAAAAUUCAUUGUAGCAAAGCAAUAAGUAAAUUAUGUUCACAUCUCUGACUUUGCUUUCUUGUUUAGAGAGCCGUUGAUAUGUUUUGAAUUUUGGAAUAUUCCCUCGUACAUUAAUAUCCCACGGUAUUCUGUUUUACCAGUGUUUUUAUAAAGUUUCAUUAAUUGAGGCAUAUUAUAAAAUGUAAUGAUUUUUUGGGAGACUUCUUUUAUAUGGAAUCUUGUCUGUUUUUGAGCCACUUCUUUCUACACAUUGCUAUUGAUGCAGAAGGGCAGAAUGAAAUUCCUAGUUUUCUAAACCAGUCAUAAGUAAAUCAGUAAAGAGCUCACUGUGCCAAAUAAUGCGGACUGAUGCUAACAGCAGCAAUUCAGUGUAGCCACAGAGAGACUGCAUAGUGAAUUCAAUAUUGUACGUUAUCAAUGAUCAAAAUUUAUAUACUCUUUUUUAGAAACCAAAAACAGGUUUACAAAAUAAAUACAGUAUUGAUUUCUGAAAUGAUUGAUUGUGUUGUUUAAAAAUAUUGCAUCUCAGGAUUUCUUCAAAAAAAGAAACAAAUUUGAUAGAAGAGCUAUUUGAACAUUGCAUAAAAGUUUGUGUAAGAUUUUUUUUUCUUUUUAGUACUGGACAGCAGCCACUAUUUGAUGAAUUAUUGCCAAACAAAAACAAUUUUACAUGAUGAAAUAAUAAAUACAGUAUCACAAUUCAUUGUGAAUGGUAUUUUCUGACCAUUUUAUUUGUAAAGGUUUUUUUCAGAAUCUUUGUAUAUAUGUAUAUUAUGGUAGUUGCAUUAGCUUUUAUCUGUGAAUAAAUUACAUGUCCACUGGUA